GUGUCUACGUCAAGGAUUACAAGAUACUGACAAAAGAACACAACUCCAUUUGAGCUUUGAUACUUGGCAAUCAUCACAGCUGAAGAUGGAACAAAGAUGGGACCUCCGGAUCUUCACCCCGCUACGAGCCGUCGAUGAUCGUCGGUAUAGCUCCGUGUAUGUCCUCUCCUCGCAUUGGCUUGGACAUUAGAUGUCGAAUCUCAUCUUACCUCAGGGCACCUCAACCAAUGCAUGAGGUCAAGUUCGUGCCCUUCUGCAAUGGCCACUUCCUUAGAUUGGCUAAUCUCAUUAACAAGAGGGUGUGUAUAACCACGAGUUGAUGGCUUUGCCGUCACUCCUACUCUAUAAUUCAGUAUGCCACGGGGACACUUUCUCGGUGCUCGGCUCCCCUUUCGUCUGUGAUCUUCUACAACGCAACUGUUCGCCACACUUGUCGUCGCCGUUGCAGCCACAAAUUAACCUGGCUCAACUUUGGAAAGUUCCCUGCCGUUGACAAGAUCGAGUCAAACGCCUUUUCCGUCUCCUCGCGGGACGUCAUUGAAUAGUGGCCAUGGAUCAAGCAGCCAUCGGCACAUGCCAGAAACUCUUGUUCUCGUCGCUUAUUCUCGUCGGCUUCUCUCUCCUCCCGUGGCCGUGAAUCACGAUAGCUGGUCUCGUGGUUCACGACACCCGCCACACGAUUGAGUGCAGCAUGUACUAUCAACAGACAUUGGGUUGGACGCUAGUUCGACACAGGCCACAGGGGACAUCGUUUCGCCCUGUCCGAAGAUCUUGUUCGCCGCCAUGCGAUCGAGGCUGUCACGCCAAAAUCCUCCGCCCCUUGCUAUUAGGUGACUACUGCAGCUGUUCAGUCAUGUCUCACAACCGUCCGGCGCAUGCAGAGACUACAGAGAGUGUGUCGAGAGACCACAGUGCUUGCUCCCUCCCUCUUCCGCCUCCUUUAGCUUGAGCUCUUGGCUUGAACAAAGCAAUGUUUCGAAACUACCUCAUACAGCCCAGUGCUGUAGCUGCGAAUCGAUUUGCUGUGCGUAGCACGUUGCAGAGGUUAGGUUGGGUUGGCAGACGACAUCAGGUAACUUGUACCUGAGCCUUUUUGCCAAGCCUCUCUCGUCUGUUUUCCAGGUACCGAUACCUAUGUACCUCGCAUCAGGACCCAUGCGACUUGCGCCUGUCUACGCCGCCCCUGCGUGUUUCUUCGUAUUUACUUUGAAGAGUACGAAGUCACUUCUUUUGAACCCCGACGCUUGAUUUCUCGUUGCCUUCGGGACCUUCGUAUCCGCCAGCCGAUGCUUAGAAAGUGCUGACUGAAUCUUAGCAUCUUGUUUGUUGUUAGCCGUUGGAUCUUGUAUGGGCUUUUGGAAUGUGAUGAUCGAUACAUCCCCUGUCUAUCACCAGAAGCUUAACGAAGCCACAAUGCUAUCAAGUACUGUAGUUAGGAUAGCCGCAAAGGCUGGCUUUUUUAGAUAUGACAAGGUAACAAAUACGGCCAAUUACCGUAUUCUGAUCCCUGGGAUCUUUCUGUUUCUUUCUUUCAAUCUUGAAGUCCCCAGAAGCACUGUUUACAUACAACAGUCCUUGACUUCCAUCAAGAACAUGGCAUGCAUGGGUAGGGUUAUUUCCGAACCAAGUUUUCGUCUCCUCCUACCGUUGAUCCAAAUGAGCGUCAUGAUUACACGAGCAGUUCAGGUCAACAAUUACCAAAUUGAAGCUCUAUGUCGAUCAAUUGCAUUUCAGGAUUUCUUUCCAUCACACAAGCAGAUUGUAGACAGGUCAGGCCGGCUCAGCUUAGCCUUCAUGAGAGUUGAAGUUACAUAUUCGACGUCACACAAUGAACUUGUCAUACAUCCCCGUGGCAUGGUCGACAAGUUUGCCCAGUCCAUCGCGGAACAUGCCUUGGUACGUACACUGUACUAUAGCACUCCCGCAGCACGACCGUUGCAACGUGGAGCUUGGGCCUGAUGAACGUUGCGAAUCAGGGACCAGAGGGCUUUUUUUGACUUCGCCCGAACUUCAGAUUGGCCAAUGAGUCUACAGUAGGGUCAGUGAUCCUGAAUCGUGUGGCAUCUCUGCAUCCUAACGGCUGAGAAAUCACACGAUGAUCAUCGAGAGAUCGUCUUUCGAGCUUGCGACACCCCAAUAGUCCCAUCUUGCAAUGUCAACGACACUCUCACUCAUGCAGCAGAGGAUGAGAUCCUUGUCUAACAGUGGUGAUUCUUAGCGCUCCCGGCGCCCGCCACGGAAACAAAGGGCGGCCCAUCCCUCCGUAACCUUAGCAAGUUACUCGGGGUUUCCUUGCCCAAGAGAGGUUUCCGCGAGGCACCAUGCAUGUCAAAUCAUGCAUGAAGAGGAUUUCUGAAGGCUUCUUUCUAGUCGUCGCCAAUAGCCGGGGGAUGAUUGUGUCGCACAACAAGAUAUAUGUCGCUUCCCGUUGUCUAUUCCAAUCGGUUCCUGGCCAAUUUCCGAGCCAAGGACUAUUUGCGGUCAAUACCAGCGAGUCACUCAGUUCCUGAAUCAGUACGCAGUAAAUGGGCUUGAUCUCUUCGGCAAAAGCGAAGAUUAGGUUUGCUUCUUUGUCAGAGUCGAUCGGGGCAGAUUUGUCCCAGCGUUUCGAUGCCCCUGAGCCCUUGUUUCAUUGGGGAGCAUUGGUUCUGGGGACUAGGCUUUGAGCCAACCGAUCUCAUGUUUCAAUGUCGUAGAGCUUUUGCUUUUCUACUCAGACUUCGGGCUUUCCUACCCCCUUUGCCCCUGGACAAGCAGACAGGCUAGAGUAAGAGGGAUGGUGGUUUCGUUUCAGGGGCGUCACUUUGAUUGAUCAAAAAGCAAUAAAACGUCCUGGGGCUGGCUCGGGCGUGCUAGCGUACCGCCACGUGGAUGAGAUACCGUACGCAGAAGCUGUGGUUGGAGCUGGCAACGUGGGACGAAGACUUUUGAGGAACUGGCUUACAAACACAUUCCCUUAGAAGAGUUUUGACCAACGGCCAACAGCCCAAGUUGAGUUUCUUUCACUGAGUUGCUGUAUGUAUAAGGUAGUAUUAGCCAUGCUUAGCGACUGUUCACCGCGUGCCGCAGAGACAAGAUGUCACGGCAAUUUGCUUCACUGUGCUUGCAUCUGCUGCAUUACCAAGCCACGCGAAUUUAGUGAUUAAUUCACAGGUUGCAAAUGCACAGAGACGAUUUGACGGCUGCAAGUGAGACGAACAAGUGCAGAAUAGUCAAGGAUCACCAGUCGAUCAUCGCCAAUGAUAUGCUGGUGACCAUCUGGACUAUAUUUAGUGAUACGAGCGAACGUCACUGAUAGCAGAUGUGGGACAUGUCAGUGCUUCUUCCUGCAGCAUUCUUUGGGUUUCGAAAGUGUUAUUUCGAGAUCAGAUGAUGGUUCGAAGUUUAGAGUCAUCAUUCAUAGUAUCAGAAACUCGACAUGGCAUCCCUUGAGCACCUCUUGAGUUUGUCAGGGUUGUCAUAUAUCGAUCGAGAUCAGUCGCAGGAUUUAGAGAUGAAGAUACUCUCUUAUAACUAGGGACUAAAUUAAACAUGACCAAUAGUAAAGUCAUCGUUUAUCAAAGACAUCUGUCGUAUUUGUCUGAAGCCACUGUUUAAGAUCUGCACAAAUCUCCAUUUGCUGAAACAAUACUGACACAAUGGAGUUGGGCUGCGAUAUCCCGUCACGUGAUGCCGCAUCUCCAUGUUUCCACGGCAACACGUAUAUGGUGUUUAUGAUUUUCAGUAAUCGCGACAAACUAAUUAAGCCAAAAGCGCAACCAAAGGAGAGGAUACGAUUUUGACAAGAUAAAACACAACCGCAACCAUGGCGUACAAUCCGCGAAUGAGUAUUAUUCCAACCUCGCAGCAGCAAUCGCGGACACGAAAAAAGGAGGAAGAGGCAGAUGCUUUUAUGCGUCUCCCUGACCGCGAAAUCGUUGGCUGCAUCACCGACAUCGGCAUCAACUUCACCGUCGCAGAUCUUCAAAAGCCAAAUGCAGCACAUGUUCAGCAAAUCUUUGAGUGGUUCGCCGAACUCCUCCUCAAUGCGACACGUGAGACUGUUGAGCCGGCCAUGCGAGCUGCCGCCGAGGAUAUUGUUGGAGAAUACUCGGAUGUCAUCCCUCCGGAUACUCGCAACCUGAUGGGCUUUUAUGUGUCGCUGCGCAGGCUGUUGUUUGAGUGCGGCAUCACCGACUUCAGCUUCAACGACCUGUAUAAGCCGACAUAUGAUCGCCUCGUCAAGAUCUUCAGUUACCUAAUCAAUUUUGUUCGAUUCCGCGAGUCACAAACGGCUGUUAUCGACCAGUACUACAACAAGGCAGAGUCGACAAAGACACGCAUUGAGACGCUCUAUGCCGAGAACCAGGAGAACGAGGGUCGUCUGGAAGAUAUGAAACACAACCGCAAGGCCAUGGAGGCGCAAGUCCGAGAAAAGACGAUGAGGAACGAGGAGCUCAAGAAGAGACUGCUAGAGCUUCGACGGAACCAGGAAAGGGUGGCUGCACGUCUAGAAGAGGCCAAACAAAAGAAGGGCGAGCUCACUGCAGUGUUGGAACAAAAGACCCACGAAAAGGUUACCUUGAAACAGGAAAGCACAAAGCUGCGACCUUAUGUGCUCCAGAGCGCCUCAGAUCUUCAGGAGAACUUGGCCGAGCUGCGUGAAAUUCUGAACAACGAUAAAUCACACAUCGACGCAUUGGACCGGAGAGCACGAGCCCUGCAGACCUCGACAGAUUCAUUCUCAGUCGUCUCAACAGAUGUUGCAUCAUGCAUCAAGAUCCUCGAUGAGAUCGCUGCAGAGCUGGCCAAGGAAGAGGAAGAACUAGCACGUAAUGCAAAGCAGCGUGAUGCCCUCUCAGAGCGCGGUAACAACGCGCGUGAAGUCGAGCGCACCGAGACUAUGCUGAAACGUCAGUUGAGCAAGUGGACAGAGAGGACAGAGAAACUCCGCGAGCAGAGCAACCAGAAGGCGAGGGAGGCGAAGGAGAAGAUGCACGAGCUGCGGGCAGUGCACAAGCAGCUCACUGAGGAGCAGACUGAGAAGGGCAAGGAGAUGGAGGUUCGACGUGUUAGAAUCGAGCAGACUGAGAAAAAGAUGCUUGACUUGAAGGAGAACAUUGAGAAUGAGGUUCAUAGUGCGCAUGAAGAGUACCGCAAGAUGGAGGCACAUAUCAAGUUGUACAUUGCUGAGAUGGAGCAGGCCAUUGCUUAGGUCUGUCCAACGGUAGUUUUUGUGUUUGUCAUGCUUUAUGUUAUGGUUGGCGGCAAUAUUUGGGAUAGAUACCAUGGGUUGGCGUUGAAGGCUGUAAUGAUGAUAUGUUAAUGUUGACGCCUAGUAUGACUAUUUUCAUCGUGGAAACGACGAUAUGAUGUUCAUUGAGUACUGGAUACAUGGUCGAGUAUAUCGUGCACUUGAUAAAAUAUAAACAUCCCAACCAAUUCAACAUUCUUGUUCACGAG